UUCUUUUUAUUAAUUUUAAUUUUGAAGCUGUUAUAUAUUUGGAGCUUUCCUUCACUUCACAAUACUCUCAUAACUAAUAAUAUUAAGGGCAAAGCCUAACUUCAGAAACUCACCUCUUAACCUUAUUAACCCAAAAAGGUUAUUGUGGUAGUUUCUGUUUGGUGGCACUUGCUCUAUUCAUUCAUUCUCUAAUCACUACAUUAAUAUACCCUUAAAUCAGCUGCUUAAUAUAAUUUCUGUUCUUGGUUUCCUCUUCAUAUUCAAGAUUUCUUCUGCUAAUAUUUUGUAUUUUUUUUUUUUUGGGCAUUACAUUCAAGAUUUGAGUGAAAAGGAAGGGGGGUCUCAGUUUACUUAAAUUGCAAAUCUUGGAAAAUCAUGUAAAUUAUUACAGGCAUUUGAAUCAGUUGACUAUUGUUAACUUUGUUAUUUGGAGUAUAUUUUGGAUCCACUUUGUAUGCUCUAAUUGCAAAAGGAAAAAAGGUUAGAUCUUGAACAAAAAUGGAGGAGACAUUUAUACCAUUCCAAGGAAUCAAAAAUGAUCUUAAAGGAAGAUUGUUGUGUUACAAGCAGGACUGGACUAGUGGAUUCAAAGCAGGAUACAGGAUAUUAGCUCCUACCACAUAUAUUUUCUUUGCUUCUGCAAUUCCAGUCAUUUCCUUUGGGGAGCAGCUUGAUAGAGAAACAGAUGGAGUUCUAACAGCUGUGCAAACAUUAGUAUCAACUGCACUUUGUGGCAUUAUUCACUCUAUUAUUGGUGGUCAACCAUUGCUGAUCCUAGGAGUUGCAGAACCAACAGUAAUUAUGUACCAAUUCAUGUUUAAGUUUGCUAAAGACCGCCCCGAAUUGGGUCGGAAUCUCUUCUUAGCUUGGGCUGGAUGGGUCUGUGUGUGGACAUCGCUCUUGUUGUUCUCUAUGGCUAUCUUAGGGGCUUGCUCCAUCAUCAAUCGGUUCACCCGUUUGGCCGGCGAAUUGUUUGGCCUUCUCAUAGCCAUGCUCUUCAUGCAGCAAGCCAUUAAGGGACUAGUGGAUGAGUUCUACAUACCUAGGAGGGAAGAUCCGAAUGCAACUCAGUUCCUUCCUUCAUGGAGAUUUGCAAAUGGAAUGUUUGCUUUGGUCCUGUCUUUUGGACUUAUAAUCACUGCACUACGAAGCAGAAAGGCAAGAUCAUGGCGCUAUGGGUCAGGUUGGCUCCGAAGUUUGAUAGCAGACUAUGGUGUCCCGCUUAUGGUUCUAGUAUGGACAGCUACUUCCUACAUACCAUCCAAAAGUGUUCCACAAGGGAUACCAAGACGCCUCUUCAGCCCAAACCCAUGGUCUCCUGGCGCGUAUGAGAAUUGGACUGUUAUCAAGGAUAUGCUUGAUGUUCCUGUUUUAUACAUAUUCGGAGCUAUUGUCCCAGCAACAAUGAUUGCAGUGCUCUAUUAUUUUGAUCACAGUGUGGCAUCUCAACUUGCUCAGCAGAAAGAGUUUAAUUUGAGGAAACCCCCUUCCUUCCACUACGAUUUGCUCCUUUUGGGAUUCAUGACAUUGUUAUGUGGUCUUAUUGGAAUUCCUCCAGCAAAUGGUGUCAUCCCUCAGUCUCCUAUGCAUACAAAAAGUCUAGCUACCCUUAAGCACCAGCUACUUCGUAACAGAAUUGUUCAAGCUGCGAAAAGAAGCAUAGGGAUGAAUGCAAGUUUAGGGCAGCUGUAUGGCAAUAUGCAAGAAGCUUACCAACAGAUGCAGACCCCUCUCAUCUAUCAGCAGCCUUCAGCUCAAGUUCAAGGUCUGAAGGAAUUAAAAGAUUCAACUAUUCAAGCAGCAGCAAGCAUGGGAAAUAUCGAUGCUCCUGUGGAUGAGAGUGUGUUCGAUGUUGAGAAGGAAAUAGAUGAGUUGUUACCUGUUGAGGUUAAAGAGCAGCGUGUCAGUAACCUGUUACAAUCCAUUAUGGUUGGUGGAUGUGUUGCAGCCAUGCCUGUACUUAAAAUGAUCCCAACCUCGGUACUUUGGGGCUACUUUGCUUUCAUGGCCAUUGAAAGCUUACCAGGCAACCAGUUCUGGGAAAGGAUUCUGCUGCUCUUCACAGCACCAAGCAGAAGAUACAAGGUUCUUGAAGAUUAUCAUGCAACUUUUGUGGAAACAGUUCCUUUCAAGUCUAUUGCCCUUUUCACCAUUUUCCAAACAUUAUAUUUGCUCGUCUGCUUUGGAAUUACAUGGAUCCCAAUUGCAGGGGUUUUGUUUCCUCUUAUGAUUAUGCUUUUGGUUCCUGUGAGACAAUACAUUCUUCCUAAGUUUUUCAAAGGAGUACACCUUCAAGAUUUGGAUGCCGCGGAAUUUGAGGAGUCACCAGCUCUGGCAUUCGAUCUUACAACGGAACAUGAAUUGGCCUCAGGGGCUACACUUGCUGGAGAUGGUGAGAUAUUGGACGAAAUGGUGACUAGAAGCCGAGGUGAGGUCAGGCAUAUAUGCAAUCCAAAGGUAACAAGCUCAACAACAACACCGUCAAGAGAGGUGAGAGGCAUUCAGAGCCCUCAUCUUUCAUCAUACAGUCCUCGAUUACACAUAAGUCCGCGAUCUGGUAGGAACGUACCUUUUAGUCCAAGGUCUGCAGAAACUCAACCCUCAAAACUAGGAAAGAGUCCUGGACCUUCAACAGAAUCAACUUCAAAGUAACAGCUUCAAGUUUUGUAUUUGUAAUUUAUUGUUAACUUCAGCUCUUUGUAUGGAAGUGUUAGGUCUGCCUGUUGCAAUAGUGGUGUUUGUAUUAAUCAAAUCAAAGUGUAUAAUUUUGGUGGCGCUGCUUUCA